UCAUCUUCAAGAAGGCUCCGCACAAGGUGGCGUAGUUCUAGACCAGGUGGAAGGAGCACGAGAGGAUCGAGGCAAAGGGAAAGGAGGUAGUAAGAUUUCGAAUCCAUCUCUUUCGAAUCCUACUGCCGAAGACAACUUAAGAGUAGGUUAAAGGUGUUCUUGUUACCGUUCGUUUUGCCUUCCUGAAGGGGGAAAGGCAUAACGAACGGGGUAAACGAACACCAAAAGCCUACCUCUAAACAAAAGGUCCGCUAGUAAAGACGGAGCAGAUUAUCCCACCGAAGC